AUGAGUUUAGGUAGACCUGAUAUAGGCGUUUCCGAACCCCCGACCUUGUCGGUGGCACUCAGAGGAAGUUGCAGCAAUCUUUCCCAACCGUUCGGUAUUCGGUCUGGCGUUCGACAGGGUUCUAUCCUGUCAGCCAUUCUGUUCAACUAUGCUAUUGACUGGAUCCUCGAGAAGGCACUGCACGAGGGUGACGGUGUUGAGUUUGCACCCGGACACCGACUGACUGAUCUCGACUGUGCCGAUGAUAUCGCCUCACUUGUUUCAAGUCUUGGUGAUCUGCAGUCUAUGGUGUCACGAGUGAACGAGGUCGCUAAAUCGGUCGGUUUAUCCAUAAACGAUGGGAAGACUAAAGCGUUUUCAAGCUGCAUCCCUGACCAGGAGAAGGCACCCCUCGGGAUUGAUGGCUGUCAAAGUGAAGAAGCAGACAGUUUUAAAUACCUCGGGGCGAGGCUGCUGUCUAAUGGACAGAGUAAGGACGACAUUGUCUCCCGAAUCGAUGCUACCCGCUGGGUUUUCUCAAGCCUUCGGAAAUGCCUAUGGAUCCGACGUGACCUCUCCAUCGCCACUAAGAUUCGCGUGUACCGUGCAUCUGUCCGGUCUGUCCUUCUCUACGGCUGUGAAUGCUGGGCUUUGCGCGUGGAGGACGAGCGAGAACUGGAGGCAUUUGACCACCACUGCUUGAGGACCAUCCUUCGAGUGAAGUUCAUCGACUUCGUCUCAAAUGAGAGAGUCCGCGCCCGCUGCGACAUCGCAAGGAUAACUCAGGCCAUCCAAGAAAGACGACUGAGGUGGUUCGGAUAUGUUCUUCGUCGUCCGCCUCAUGAGCUCAGUGGUAUUGCCCUCGAUCCGGCACCGUUGCCCCAUGGGAGGCGUCGAAGACGGGGUCAGUUGAAAACCUGGCUCGACACAGUUCGUCAAGACAUGGAGGUGGUUCUUGGACCUUCGGUAUUCAGUCUCCGUCGUUAG